GCAAUACCGGAGCUGCGCGAAGCACUAAGCAAAUACUCGGGAUCUCUACCAGAUGUGACAAGUGCUGUGGCCAGUGGAGACGGUGGCUCAAAAGCAGUUACAGUCGCUGUUCGUGAUCUGUAUCGCAUGAUGGAUGACGAGAGGGCAAAGAACCAUGGCAGUGUGUUGCAUAAUGUUUUCCCGCAAUUUGCAACACGUGGUGAGCACGGUUGGAUGCAGCAGGAUGCAAAUGAAUGUUGGGCCGAAGUGUUGCGCGCACUCAGAACGCAACUGAAGGGAACAGGUGAGGAAAUUUUUGCGAGAAAUCGUUUGAAUAUGUGUAAUAUUGCAGAGACAGAAGAUCACACGGCAUCCAUUAUUUCGAGAUUUAUGGAAGGUAAGUUUAAAAUUGAGAUGAAAAAUCUUGAAUCGGAUGCCGAACCAAGCACGGUGACCACUGAAAGUUUCUCACAGCUGAGUUGUUUCCUCAGCCAGGAAGUGAAAUAUGUGCAGCUUGGUAUCAAAAGCAAAAUGACCGAGGAAAUAGUCAAAAAUUCGGUGGUCCUUGGCCGUGAUGCGAAAUAUGAAAAGAAAACGCUUAUCGAUCGCCUGCCAGCUUAUCUCUCCAUACAAAUGGUCCGGUUUUUCUACAAAGAAAAAGACAAAGUGAAUGCAAAAAUUUUAAAAGAUGUGAAAUUUCCACUGCUCCUCGAUCUGUACGAUAUGUGCACACCGGAGCUGCAACAGAAAUUGAUGCCAGCACGUGAUGCAUUCAAGGUAUUUUUGACAAAUUCAGUAUUUUCUCACAUGAAAUAA